CACUACCUGCUUGUUUGAAAACAUGGAAUUCUUUUGUAGUAGUGUCAAUAAUAGAACCGUAAUAUGUUGCUCAGUCCCUUAAUGAAAAGAAAUUAUUAUGGUGAGACAAACUAUUCAAAUUUAUCUUCGUCUUCGUCCAUCUCCUUAUCAAAAACAAAUAUCAAAAUACAACAUUGAUGAUUUAACACAUCAUCAUCAUCAUCAUCAACAACAACAGCAACAACAUCAAGGACAGCGUCAACAGUCUAAAAGGCCUAAAAUCACUUUUGAAUGUACUCGAAAUACUCAACAAGAUGAAGUUAUAUGUAACCGAAAAGAAUUUUAUAAUUUUCAAUUUGAUGCCAUAUUUGAUACAAAAGUUGGACAAAAUCAAGUAUUCAAUGAUGUUGCUAAGUCAGUUAUAGACAAAGUUCUUUUAGGCUAUAAUGGUACAAUAUUUGCAUAUGGUCAAACAGGCAGUGGAAAAACCUAUACAAUCACAGGAGGCGCAGAGAAAUACUCAGAAAGAGGUAUCAUACCAAGAUGUCUUGCUUAUCUGUUUGAUCAUUUUGAAAAAGAUUUAUCAAGUGAAUACACUUUAAAAAUUUCUUAUAUGGAGAUUUAUAAUGAAAUUGGCUAUGAUUUAUUAGAUUCUAGACACAAUAGUAUGACGUCGAAAUUUGAAGAUUUGCCACGAGUCACUCUAUUCGAACAUACUGAAGCUGGAACAGUACACUUGAAGAAUUUAUCGAUUCAUUCAGCUUCAACUACAGAUGAAGCAUUAAAUUUACUUUUUAUGGGUGAUACAAAUCGAAUUAUUGCUGAAACACCGAUGAAUGAAGCUUCAACUCGAUCUCAUUGUAUAUUCACCAUACAUAUCACUUCGCGUCCGCAUGGUUCAUCAGUUAUACGACGUUCAAAAUUGCAUCUUGUUGAUUUAGCUGGUUCAGAAAGAGUAUAUAAAUGCGGUUUAGAUGGUACUUUAUUAACAGAGGCAAAAUACAUUAAUUUGUCAUUACACUAUUUAGAACAGAUCACCGCUGAUAAACUGGAAGCACUGGACGGCCAUUUAAAUACAGAGUAUUCAACAAAAUAAUAUGAAUAUGAAUUACCUGGCAGUUAACAAGUAAAAACUAAGGUUAUUCUACUUCUGCCAUUUAUAUAUAUAUAUAUAUAUGCGUGAAAUAAAUACGGAUGCAUAUCUGUUGUACACAAAUGACAUCUGGAAACCGUACCUUCUGGUUGGAAUUCUUGCUUCAGUGAUUAUAGCAUUAGCUGAAAAACAACGUACACAUGUACCAUAUCGUAACAGUAUGAUGACAAUGAUGCUGAGAGAUAGUUUAGGCGGUAAUUGCAUGACAUCAAUGAUUGCUACAUGUAGUAUUGAACAAGAAAAUUUACAAGAAACAAUAUCAACGUGUCGUUUUGCACAGCGUGUUGCUUUAAUUAAAAAUGAAAUAACCCUUAAUGAAGAACAAGAUCCUUACUUAACUAUCAAUCAUUUAAAAUCUGAAAUCGAACAUUUAAAAGCUGAAUUAGCGUUUGCUACAGGUAUAGAAAAAGAUGCUACAUUGAACGCUGAAGAUAAAGAAAAAUGUGAGAAAUUAAUUCAAGAAUUUUUAAAUACACCAUCAGCUAAUGAAGAAGUAUGUGUACCAGCUCCAAUUCUUUCAAAUAUUCAUAUGAUAAAUUUCGGUUUCUCAGUAAUGCAUGCAUUAUAUUGGAAAAAUACUAAGAAAUUUGAAUCAAUUAAAGCAUCCGCCAAACAAGUUGUAGUUCCAUCUUUACCAAACGCUACCAAAGAAGCAAAUCAGUUACGUGAAAUUUUAGCUCAAAGAGAUCAUGAAAUUCGUGUAUUAAUUAAGCUAUUAAAACAACAGAAGCAAAAAAGUAUCCCAAAGAACUACUCACCACAUGUAUACACUAAUACAAACAUUCAAAAUCAUGAUGACAAUAGAGAUACAUAUUCACAAUGUAUAGAAAAUACAUUAACAACUGAAUCUUGUAAAAUACAAAAUAAAAGUAAUAUUGAAGAACAUAAAACGCUUCGAACAACCCAAACAAAUACACUAUUGGAUGAAUCCAAACGUGCAGUUGAUCAUGUGACAAAAUGGUUAGAACAACAAGUCAAAGGAAAAUUACUUGGUCAACUAUCUUUGGGUCGUGAAGAAGCAUUCAAUAUAUUUAAGCAAGAUUAUCCACUUCAAGAUGAAAUCAACAAAAAGAAGGAAGAAUUAAAGUCACUUUAUGCUGAAGCAAAACUACAAGGAAGUAAAAUGUCCAAGGCGAAAGAAGAAGUUGGUGCUAUUCGUGUUCAACUCAACUCCUUAAUGCAAACCGAUCAAAAUGAUUCUAAAACACAACAUUUAGUGACAGAAUUACGCAAUCAGUUAGAAUUAAAAAGAACUGAAUAUCGAGAUUCAUAUAGUUCACUCAAAGAAUUGAAACAACGAGUGGAACAUUUACAACAUUCAUUGGAAUUGGCUAAAAUGCGUUUAGUUCAAGAUUUUGAAUCUUGGUGGAAUCAAAUGAGUAUUGAACAAAGUGAUGAUAAUAUUUCACAUCAACAACGGAAUGAAUCGAAUAGUUUAAAUUCUUUGAAUGACCCAAAGAAUGUGAAGUUGAAUGACACAAGCUCAGUUUGCACAGUAGAAGAUAAAAAUCUAUCUGAAUCUUCAAAACAAUCUUAUACAGAUUCAAAGUUGAAUAAAUCAUCUAUUGAAAGUGUACAGUUAAAUGAACAUCUCAAUAAUAAUUCAGUGAAUUAUCAACUAAAUCAUUCAAUUCCAAUGACUGGUGAUCCUGUAGUUGAUGCAGAUAUUUUAACAUUUAUAAGAGCUAGAGAGAAAAUUCGUUCAAAACGUUUAAACAUGAAUCAACAAAUAAAAAGUCCUUGUAUCGAAUAAUCUAUAUAUACUUGAUAUAAUUGUAUUUCAUGUAUUUUCUUAACAAUGAGUCAAAGUUGAUCAUUUCUAUAAUUUAUUUUGUAUACAAACUAGUUCAUAUAAUGGAUAGUAGAUUCAUAUAUCCUUGUGAAACUUGAAACCUGAAUAAAAACAACUUUCAUACAAUUCUACAACUGAUAAAAACCUAACUCCAAUUACUAAUUAAUUAUUCUCUUUGAAUAGAUUCUUAAUUGUAUAUCUUCUUGACUGUAUUACAAUAAAUUACAAGUCUAAUGUAUUCUAACUUCAGAAAUUAACUAAUUAAGGACAUUCAACCGAUGGACAUUCAAGUCACUGGAACCAGAUACAUAUUAUCCUCAUUCUGAUUUUAUAAAAGUUGGAAAAUUGUUAGAAUCAGAAACACUAAGCAAUUAUAUUAUCCUAAACUAAUAACUCCUAUGCAUUGCGUACGUCAAACUUCACAAUCAAAUCUGUGACUUUCAGGUUCCAUAAAUCAUGUGAAAUCAAUCACCUUUGAAAUAAAACUUUUUUAGGCACUAUUUUCGACUGUGGUCAAUUAUCGAUACAAUGUGAUAAUCACCUAAUAUCAUUGAUUGUUCUGUAAAGUCAGUCAACUUUAGAUUUAUUUGACGGUAUGACGGAGUAAAUACCAUUUAACUGGGAAAUUAGUAUUAUAUGUGCGAAAUUCAUCUUGAAAAUUUACUAUGGAGAUGUUUCUAUUAGAGUAUUGGUUAAUGUCUAAACAAUAGUAUGUUUAAUAAUUGUAAAUUCAUGUAAUAAACAUACCUAAAAGAUUCGAUACUACAGUAUAGAAUAUUCGCUAAAAUUCAGUGAUUAAAUACAAGACAAUAAUUUCCAAUUGCAUAUGAUCAUUCUACGAUAGCUUCCACAUAUUUACUACCAAAUCUUUUACUACAGAUCCACGUACUUAGUCUGAAAAAAGUGCACGAUUUAUUGAUUUUUAUCUGUUGUAAUGACCACCGUCAUUGCUUCUUUCUAUUAAAUUUACUACCAUCAUUUUUUUUACAUGAGAAAUACAUUUGUGUUAGUGUGUAUAUGGGAUAGAUAGUGUUCACACUGAAUGGAUGGAUAUUUGCAAAAACUAUUUCACUCUCUAUAGAUCAAUAACUUGGGGAAAUGAUAACCAGAAAUUGUGUAUGCACAAACAUGGGACAUAUUGCAUUGUAUGUUUUACUGUGAUUUUAUUUCAUUUGUUCGUUUGUAUUUCCUUUCUAUUUAGCUAUUUUUAUAGAUUGAUUGAAUAGUUUCAAUACAGGCUAUCUAUAAUAAGGUCAGCCCAAAUUUUGCGCAAUAACCUUGAAACAAAAAUAUGUUAUUGUUUAAAGUGAAUAUAAAUUUUGAUGAUUGUAUACAUAUC